ACCGUGCGUCGCGCUCUCGAGUGGGAGUCGAAUCUUCUCCGGAAUCGUUUGCUUUCAUUUCUUGCACGAGCCCGUCGCGCGCCGUUUCCUUCUCUUCGAACCAAAACAAACGUCGCCCGACGCGCUUCGGUCGGUUAUUUUCCCGCAUCUCUGAGGGAUUAUUCGGUGUUUUCUGUGAAAAGGCGGUCAAUAGAGCCAGAAAAAGAUGAGUGUGGAGGCGUACGGGCCGAGCUCGCAGACGCUCACCUUCCUGGACACGGAGGAAGCGGAGCUGCUCGGGGCCGACACGCAGGGCUCCGAGUUCGAGUUCACCGACUUUACGCUGCCCAGCCAGACCCAAACGCAGGGCCAGACCCAGAGUCAGCUCGACAACCAGGUGAACGGGCCGGAUGGAGUUCUGCCCAACGGAGAGGAUGCAGUGGUGAAGACCAGCCAACUUCUGGCUGAGCUGAACUUUGAGGAGGAUGAGGAAGAUACUUACUACACUAAAGAUCUGCCAGUGCACGCCUGCAGCUACUGUGGCAUCCAUGAUCCAGCAUGUGUGGUCUACUGCAACACCAGCAAGAAAUGGUUUUGCAAUGGCCGGGGGAACACCUCUGGCAGUCAUAUUGUGAACCACUUGGUGAGGGCCAAAUGCAAGGAGGUGACGCUGCAUAAGGACGGACCGCUGGGGGAGACUGUUCUGGAGUGCUAUAACUGCGGCUGCCGUAACGUCUUCCUGCUCGGCUUCAUCCCGGCUAAAGCAGACUCUGUUGUGGUGCUUCUGUGCAGGCAGCCGUGCGCCAGUCAAAGCAGUCUGAAGGACAUUAAUUGGGACAGCUCUCAGUGGCAGCCGCUCAUCCAGGACCGCUGCUUCCUGUCCUGGUUGGUGAAGAUCCCGUCUGAGCAGGAGCAGCUGAGGGCCCGUCAGAUCACGGCCCAGCAGAUUAACAAACUCGAGGAACUCUGGAAGGAAAACCCAACUGCGACCCUGGAAGAUUUGGAGAAACCUGGAGUGGAUGAGGAACCUCAGCACGUUCUGCUGCGCUACGAAGAUGCCUAUCAGUACCAGAACAUUUUUGGGCCGCUGGUCAAACUAGAGGCUGACUACGACAAGAAACUCAAAGAGUCCCAAACUCAAGACAAUAUAACAGUGAGGUGGGAUUUGGGGCUGAAUAAAAAGCGGAUAGCUUAUUUCACUCUGCCCAAGACGGACUCAGGUGACAUGCGACUGAUGCAAGGAGACGAGAUCUGUCUGCGCUAUAAAGGAGACUUGGCUCCGCUAUGGAAAGGAAUCGGACACGUCAUCAAAGUCCCGGACAAUUAUGGAGAUGAAAUUGCCAUCGAGCUGCGCAGCAGUGCAGGUGCACCUGUUGAGGUGCCUCACAACUUCCAGGUAGACUUUGUCUGGAAGUCGACAUCUUUUGACAGAAUGCAGAGCGCCCUGAAGACGUUUGCUGUGGAUGAGACCUCUGUGUCUGGCUACAUCUACCACAAGCUGCUGGGUCAUGAGGUGGAAGAUGUCAUCAUCAAAUGCCAGCUGCCCAAACGCUUCACUGCGCAGGGCCUGCCAGACCUCAACCACUCGCAGGUUUAUGCUGUGAAAACGGUACUGCAGCGACCCCUCAGUCUGAUCCAGGGGCCUCCAGGAACCGGCAAGACUGUCACCUCUGCCACUAUUGUCUACCAUCUGGCCAGACAGGGCAAUGGUCCAGUGCUGGUUUGUGCUCCGAGUAACAUCGCAGUGGACCAGCUAACCGAGAAGAUCCAUCAGACGGGGCUGAAGGUGGUUCGUCUGUGCGCUAAGAGUCGUGAGGCCAUAGAUUCACCUGUGUCUUUCCUGGCUCUCCACAAUCAGAUCCGCAACAUGGACAGCAUGCCAGAGUUGCAGAAACUGCAGCAGCUGAAGGACGAAACUGGCGAGCUGUCAUCGUCUGAUGAGAAACGUUACCGAGCUCUCAAACGAACCGCAGAGAGAGAGCUGCUCAUGAAUGCAGACGUGAUCUGUUGCACAUGUGUGGGUGCGGGUGACCCUCGCCUGGCAAAAAUGCAGUUCCGCUCCAUUCUCAUCGAUGAGAGCACCCAGGCCACGGAGCCCGAGUGCAUGGUGCCAGUGGUGCUCGGGGCCAAACAGCUGAUUCUGGUGGGUGACCACUGUCAGUUGGGUCCUGUGGUCAUGUGCAAGAAGGCAGCUAAAGCAGGUCUGUCUCAGUCUCUGUUUGAGAGGCUGGUGGUCCUGGGUAUCAGACCCAUCCGUCUGCAAGUGCAGUACCGCAUGCACCCGGCGCUCAGCGCUUUCCCUUCAAACAUCUUCUACGAGGGUUCCCUGCAGAACGGGGUCACUGCCGCUGAUCGCAUCAAGAAAGGCUUUGACUUCCAGUGGCCUCAGCCGGAUAAGCCCAUGUUUUUCUAUGUGACCCAGGGCCAGGAGGAGAUUGCAAGCUCUGGCACCUCCUAUCUCAACAGGACUGAGGCUGCUAAUGUGGAGAAGAUCACCACCCGUCUGCUGAAGGCCGGAGCCAAACCUGACCAGAUUGGCAUCAUCACGCCGUACGAGGGCCAGCGCUCUUACCUGGUGCAGUACAUGCAGUUCAGCGGCUCACUGCACACCAAACUCUACCAGGAGGUGGAGAUCGCCAGUGUGGAUGCGUUCCAGGGCAGAGAGAAGGAUUUUAUCAUCCUGUCUUGUGUCAGAGCUAAUGAGCACCAGGGCAUCGGCUUCCUGAACGACCCACGUCGUCUCAAUGUGGCGCUAACCAGAGCCAGAUAUGGCGUGAUCAUUGUGGGCAAUCCUAAGGCUCUGUCCAAGCAGCCUCUGUGGAACCACCUGCUCAACUACUACAAGGAGCAGAAGGUUCUGGUGGAGGGUCCGCUCAAUAACCUGAGAGAGAGUCUCAUGCAGUUCAGCAAACCACGCAAGCUGGUCAACACCAUCAACCCUGGAGCUCGUUUCAUGAGUACUGCCAUGUAUGAUGCGAGAGAGGCCAUGAUUCCUGGAUCCGUGUAUGACCGCAGCAACACUGGACGCCCAUCUAAUAUGUACUUCCAGACCCAUGAUCAGGUUGGCAUGAUCGGGACUGGACCGAACCCGAUGGGCUCCAUGAACAUUCCCAUCCCAUUCAAUCUGGUUAUGCCGCCAAUGCCUCCGCCUGGGUACCUGGGCCAAGUGAACGGACCUGCUGCUGGUCGUGGUGCUCCUAAAGGUAAGACCGGGGGUCGUGGAGGUCGUCAGAGGAACCGUGGCACGGGUAACCAUGGCAGUGGGCAGGCCAACAUGCCGAGCAGCCAGGCCAGUCAGGAUCUGGUGUCUCAGCCCUUCUCUCAGGGUCCUCUGACCCAGGGCUACAUCACCAUGAGCCAGCCUUCACAGAUGAGCCAGCCUGGCCUGUCCCAGCCUGAGCUCUCACAGGACAGCUACCUGGGUGACGAGUUCAAAUCCCAGAUGGAUGUGGCGCUCUCCCAGGAUUCCACCUACCAGGGCGAAAGGGCAUAUCAGCACGGAGGAGUGACUGGACUCUCACAGUACUAGAGUGUUGUUGGAACAGGAGCUAGGCCUGUGCUGAGCUUAGUUCAUCAGCAUUUUAAAUAUGGGUAAAUAUAAAAAAAGAACAAACAUGGAUGCCCGUUUACCACUGUUACAACUGAAGCACCAUGGUGUGAGACAGGAGAGAAUCUAACCAAUCACAGGAGGGAGUAAAGCUGGACAGGACGAAAGAGAACGCAUGAGUGGCGGACUACAUCCACCAUUCGUUGAGGACGGGGAGGAGAGGGGAGACGCAGUGUUAGGAGGAGACGAAACACGAGAUCUUCGAUCUGCAACUCCGCAAAGUGGAGGAGGCUCCUAGAGCGCAGGGGCCCUUCCCGGCCUCCUCUCUCUCUCGCCUGGCUGCCGACGUCAGCCUCAGGCCUUGCCCUGCCAACAGAGACGGAGUAAAGAUGAAGUUCUCUUAAAACUACCUGCAAAAACCACGCUUGCUCUGUCGUCUCCACGAGCUGAGAGAGGGGGUGACGUAUUUAAAGUAAUUAUAAACGCUUUUCAAGCAGCUGAUUUUUGGGAAAAUAGAGUUCCCCUCAAAGUUGAGAUCUGACAUUCAGGUUCUACCACCGAACAUCUCCGAGAGAACGGACGCCCGCGGCGAGUGUUUUGCGUUUAAUUUCGCGUUUUCCGAGCACGCUGGUCUCCGACGAAGGUGCUAGGGCACUCUGAAGGACGAUUCAACUUUGAGGAAAGUUUUCCGCCUGAAGUCCGGGAGGGUAGAGGUGCCGUAACGGAGGGCCCGUCACAUCUUAGCCGCUCUCUGCUAGGUGAUUUGCAAAAGCAAAAAAAGGGGGUAGAAAUGGCUUUCUCUUUUCUUUUAAAAUGUUUUGUCUCUGCAGAGCUGACGCGGAAGGGGCCGACAGAUCUAUCCUUUCUUAUUUUCCUCUUUUAAAAUGUUUUUUUUUUUUUUUUUUUUUUUGUUCAACUAGAAUAAAAGCAGUGAAGUAGAACAGCUCGAUUAGCCUGCUUGAUUUAGAUGUGGCUUCUUAAAUCUCUUACCUUGCUGCAAAAAAGCAAAAAAAAAAAAAAAAAAAAAAAAAAUCAAUCGAAACCACCAGGAUUCUUGCCUUGGUCAGUCAGAAAUGUCAAAAUCAGGUUUCCAAGGGUAAAACUUCAGUGUGUGAAAUCAUCAGUGCUGAAAUCUUUUAGAUUCAUUAUGAGACAAAUGUGUCAAUCACAGUAAACCCCUCCCACUUCUAAUCUGUCCAAUCAGGACGCCGUCAUAUCCCAAACAGCUUUAGUUAAAGGUGUGAAAAUGACCAGUUGCACCUCAAAGAAAGCAGAAGGAGAUCGCCGCACCUAUGCGAAGGACAGACAGGUGAGAUUCUCGCUGUUUUUGUGUCUGACCGUAAGAGGCGCCGUCGCGCUCUCUUGCUUUAUGAUGAUGUCAGUGAGAGCGGCGGUAACGCGCCAAUCAGAGGUGUGCGUGUAUGUAUGUGUUUCCAGACUGCCCUUCCUCAUUAUUAUCAUCAUCAUUAUUAUUAUUAGUUGUGGUAGAUUUGUAGUUUUGCUUUGUUUUUCCCCCUCGUUCUAGUUGCUUUUUCCCCUUCUUAGUAGCUCGUUUUUAUUUGUACGAUCCGACGUGAAGUUCUCGUAACCUCUCUGUGUGGAAAUUGCUCAACUUUAUUUGGUUUCCACGGACCCAUUCGGAGUUUUAUGGCAGCUUUUAACAUCUGUUCCGACCGAUGCCAGUCGCCUCAACUUUGUACUUUUACUUUGGAGUGUUUAUACCUUGCUGUUACUCCGUACAUGCAACACUUUUGACUGUUUAAUAUUACUGAAGUACCACCACUUGCAUUUUAUAGCAUCGAGCACAGAUUCAUUUUAAGUUCACAUCUGCACUGUUUUGUUUUGUUUUGCUUUGCUUUUUUUCUUUGCCCACAAGACAAUCAUGAUCCAUUCAUAACCAACGUUGCAAAAAUGUUGUAACAGAGACGUUUUGACGUUCAGUGACUGAUAUUCCGUCUUUUCCAUGUUAACCUCUCUUUUUAGAAUUAGCUCAUUCUAUAAAAAUUCCUUAAGUUUUUUUGUUUUCACUUUUCAUACUUCCACUGUAAAUAUCAGUGCUCAGAUUUGAUAUAACAUCAGCCAAAUUGUUGCCAAUGACAAUGAGACAUUAACAUUCAGGCCAAGGUGAUAUAUUCCAGUUAUGACAGAGUAUGAUGAAAAGAUUAGAUGCUGAGUUCACCCUUAAGUGUGAGUUUCUGCUGCGAAAGUUGCAUUUAGAUAUCAAAUGUACAAUAAAUUAACUUGCAUUGAAGAGGAACAUUGGGAAAAUAUCAGGAUAUUAAAUAUAUUUCAGGAUUUUGUUUUGUGAAAAGUUUUCACACCCACGGUAUGUACUUCUUGUAACUUUACAAAUAAAUGUUGCUUUCUUUCACCCAAA